AUGAAGGUCUCGGCCAUCCUCCUGUCGCUCCUUACCGCCGCCUCUGCCGUAUCUUCUCGUUCUCUGUUUGGCGGGCAGAACGCCCUCGUUGAUGAGGAGCCAAAGUUCAAGGUCCCAGGCAAGAAUCCUCUAAAUUUCUGCGCCGAUCCUAAGGACUAUAUCCUCACCGUCGACUAUGUUGACCUGUCACCCAAUCCACCUCUCCCAGGCCAGAAGCUCACCAUCACGGCGAACGGGACCUUUUCGAAAGAUAUCGACCCUGGCGCUACCGUCUUCCUCCAAGUCAAAUAUGGGCUCAUUACACUCAUAAAGCAAGAAGCAGAUCUCUGUGACAAUCUACCCAAGAUUGAUAUCACCUGCCCUCUCAAGGAAGGUGUCAUGACACUGAAGAAGGAAGUUGAUAUCCCAAAACAAGUGCCCCCCGGGAAGUACACUGUUCUUGCCGAUGUCAACACAGUUGACAAGGAGAAGAUCUCAUGCAUGGAGAGCACCGUCUUCUUCAGUAGACCUUAG